AUGAACCGAAACUCACAUUAUACGGGCGCCAAACUGCUGGUGGCAGAGGCGAACGACCUGGAACAUGGCGCCCUAUGUAGCCGCUGUGAAAAGGCCAUCACCGGAGAGACUUCGCCCUCCAAAUUCUCCCUUCUGAAGGUUAUAUUAGUUUUUAUUCUCUGCCAAGUUCCCAUCUCGGGAUUGAGUUUCCUUACCUUCCAUACCUUUCAGAACAGGGCUGGGACCGAAACCAAAGGCAUCGACCAGCAGGACUACUUUUCUCUCGAAAGCUAUAAUUCCACUGGAAAUCUCUACGACAUUGUAGAUGCUGCCGAUAAGUCACCAGAGGCGGACACUUUCUGGCAUGAUCUCCAAAAGACGGACGGCAUUGUCGCUGUCCACAGCAAAUGGGCAAAGAAGAACGCACUCCCAGCAACGGUCGCUCACCCUGAUGACCCGGCUUCCAAGAUCUACCAAAUCAACGUCUUUCACGCGCUUCAUUGCUUGUACCGCAUUAGAAACAGACUAACAUCAAAGAUCCCACUCGAGAAAUGGCCACGCAACGACAUCCACACCAUGCACUGCGUAGAUCACAUCCGCAACGACCUGAUGUGCCACGCUGACAUCUCGCUCUCGGGCUCAGAUGAGUAUGUUUCGUUCAACUCGCAUAGUCACCACCAGAAGUGCAGAGACUUGGGUGCCCUUCAGAGGUGGGCGAAACGACACAGUUGGACUGGCUACAAGGAUUAUCUGGAAGGCGUUGUCGGGUAUGAUUUUAACGAGGCGGAGCGCGUGAAUAUGGCUAUGGCUGGCAAGGGGCACUGGAACAAAGCGCAGAGUACGCUUGAUAAUGAGACUGGGAAGAUCGAGCUUUGGUUUGAGGAGGAUUGA